GAGAACCCGGAAGUGUGGGUGCUUUUAUUGCGAAAGGAAGGCGGAAACGAGGGCUGCCCUCAUCUCGGGUGGGCUUGCUAGACGUCAACAGAGGACAGGAGGACAAGAGGGCCGCGGUUUAUUCCGAAUAAAAUCACUUUUAAAAGUUCCAUGAAGGCGUCCGUCAUGGACGCACGCUAGCCGGAAACGUUCGGGCCGUGUUUGAAGGCAGUCCCCGGGCUGAGCGGAGUCGUCUCGCCGGGAGGAGAGUCCGUGUCCAACAGGAAGCGCCAUGGAGGGCCGACACAUCCCGGACUCGCCCGGCUCGGCCCUGGAGAAGAACGUGGCGGACCUGACCGUCAUGGACGUGUACGACAUCGCCGCGGCGGUGGGCCAGGAGUUCGAGCGGAUCAUCGACCAGUACGGCUGCGAGGCUCUGUCCCGCCUCAUGCCCAAAGUGGUGCGGGUGUUGGAGAUCCUGGAGGUGAUGGUGAGCCGCCACAGCAUCGGCCCGGAGACCGACGAACUGCGCCUGGAGCUGGACAAGCUGAGGCUGGAGAGGACGGAGAGGGCGGACAAGGAGAGGAAGCACAGGAAGGAGUUGGAGCUGGUGGAGGACGUGUGGAGAGGCGAGGCUCAAGACCUUCUCUCCCAGAUCGCUCUGCUGCAGGACGAGAACAAGAGUCUCCUCAACAACAUCUCCACCCGGGACCCCAUGACCGAGGAGGACCUGCAGCGGCACGAAGGCAUGAGCGAGAGAGAGCGGCAGGUGAUGAAGAAGCUGAAAGAGGUGGUGGACAAGCAGAGGGAUGAGAUCCGGGCCAAGGACAGAGAGCUGACCCUGAAGAACGAGGACAUCGAGGCGCUCCAGCAGCAGCAGGCGCGCCUGAUGAAGAUCAACCACGACCUGCGCCACAAGAUGUCUGUGGUGGCGGCGCAGGGCAAAGCGCUGAUCGAGCAGAAAGUGGAGCUGGAGGCCGGCGCUCAGACGCGGGGCCAGGAAGUGGGCGCACUGCGGCAGGAAGUGGUGCGCCUGCGGGAGCGGCUGCGGGGAGGCCCGCCCGCGGGGGACGCCGCACCUCAGACACCGUCGCCUGCGGAGCCAUCUAAGGCUGCGGCGGGGGGGCGGUCUCACCCCGCCGAGUUGACGGCGGGCGCUUCUGAGCCGCUCAGCUGGCCCGUCAGCCCAGACGGGUAUGAUGAUGAUGAUGAUGAGGAGGAAGAAGCGGUGUUGCUUUGGCAGGAGGACAUGUGUGAUGAAGACAUGUCUGCUGUGUACAAAUAUUUCACCAAGGAGGCGCAGUGCGAGGAGGAGGAGGAGACGGGCGCCGCGGACCCCAAAGACCCCAACAGAGCCAGGUUCACGCUGCAGGAGCUGAGGGACGUCCUUCACGAGAGGAACGAGCUCAAAGCCAAUGUCUUCAUGCUGCAGGAGGAGCUGACUUAUUACAAGAGUGACGAGACGCAAGACGACAUGAUCUCCUCCUCACCGAGUCCUUCGCCCGAGCUAAGGAGUCGCUCGCGCUCGUCUGUGCAGCCUGAAUCUGGAAUCAAACGCCUGUAAGUUGUCUCAACACCCGCACACACAUCAAAGAUCCUCUAUAUAGGACACACACACUUGCAUACUUUUAUAUCAAAGAUCCUCUAUAUGACACAUAAUAAUA